GCUUUCUAUCCAUUCCUUCACUUCUAUCGUUCUCAACGGCAGACAUAAACCGUCAUUAGACAAGCAGCAGUGAACUCCAAUGAUUUUGCCGGCAAUAACAAUCUUUACGCUGUUGUUCUCAUUUACCUCGAUAGACGUUAAAGGCACCUUUGCUACUGCUAUCAGCGAACACGACGGUGAUUCCAGUGUCAUUGGAGGAGAAAGCUUACACAAUCACUUCGAUCUAGAAAACCAGCGGUCCUGUCCCAAACCGAGCUCCGGAAUGUCUUCCGAAAAGUACGAACCCGGAACGCACUCAAUUGCCUACGUGACUACCCCGAAUGCCAACUCGGCCAAAGAGCUGGCCCGGAAGUUGGUGGAACGAAAAUUGGCCGCCUGCGUGAACAUCAUUCCAGGGUUGAUGUCGAUCUAUGAGUGGGAAGGCAAAAUCAACGAGGACCAGGAAAUUCUGCUGAUGAUAAAAACGCGCACUGCCCGGGUCGAAGAGUUGAGCAAGUUUGUGCGGGAGAACCAUCCGUACAGUGUGGCCGAGGUGAUAUCGGUUCCGAUCGAAAACGGCAAUCCACCGUAUCUGGAGUGGCUGAGCAAGACUGUGCCGGAAGUGGCGAAGAAAUGAUGCUGAAAUGAGAGCGAAGUGAAACAAUUCUCGAGUUUUGAACUUUUCUCAAACAAUUUAUUUUUGGUUUUGGUGUGCUUGUGGUUUGGUUUUGAAUGUGUAAAUAUAUACUUUAACGAUGCAUUUAAAAA